AUGGUAACGUGGCUCAAGGCCGGCAUACCUGUCGAAGUCUUCGAGAGGCAACCUUACGAGAAGUGUCAAGACAGGGCCGGCCUUUGGGGAAUGGCGUUGCACUGGGCCACUCACAACAUUGAUGAAUGUCUGCCUGAGGACCUUGCUGCCAACCUCAAGAGCGCGCAGACCGACCCAUACGCCGACAUUCCUCACGAGGCGUCCAAUCAGUUCCGAUCCGAUGGGCCGAGGCGUGUUCACCGCGGUCGGCUCAGAGAUUUCCUUCGUACAGGAUUAGAUGUCCGAUUUGGCAGAGAAUUGCAGUCCUUUUCGGUAGAAAAUGGCGCUGUGACUGCUACUUUCAACAACGGAGAAGAGGUCUGGAAAGGGGCCUUUUUGAUAGGGGCUGACGGACCCCGCAGCAUAGUGCGGGGCGCAGCUAUUCCUGAAAACGCAACCGACAUAACAGCUGCUCCGGUGAUCGUUUUCAAUUUCGGGGCAACUUUCACCGCAGAACAGGCUUCAAAUCUGCGUAGUCAGAUUCAUCCCGUUGCGACAUUGGGUCCUCACCCUGAACAAAAAACGUAUUUCUUCUUGACUAUGGGCGACGUCAAAACCCCCAAUGACCCAGCAUCAUGGGUAUUCCAGGUCUCACUUUCAUAUUGGCCCGACGACGGGAAAGAACAGCCCAAGGCCCAGGAGGAGCGCAUGGCGCUGUUCAAAAAGUUGGGAUUAAAGUACUGCGAGCUCUUCAAGUCAGUGGCCGAAUGGGUGAAGCCAGACACACACCUUCCGAUUGACCAUUUUGGUUCAUGGACGAAAAUACAACCUUGGAACGACUUUGGAGGCCGAGUCCUCCUCGCUGGUGAUGCGGCGCAUCCAAUGGUUCCUUACCGCGCACAGGGUCUGAACAACGCCCUCGAGGAUGCCGGAUCCUGCGUACGCACACUGAUUAGCGUCAUCAACGAAGGACAAGAUGUUGCCGAAGCGCAAGAUUCAUAUGGUAAGGAUAUUUAUGAGCGCGGGAAAUUAGAGAUCAGUCUCUCAAACACUCAGAUGUAUGCGUGCCAUCAUUGGCACGUCUUGAUGGAGAGCAAGCUGGUGCCAGAUGGUUUUGCCAAAUGCUGA